UAACUGCAGAGCCCGCUACCCGUCGCUUCAGCCUGCAGACGCGAGCAGCGGGCACGCACGCACCGGAGCCGCCAGUGCCGCCUGGGGUGUGGGCCGGGCCGCCACCGCGCUCAGCACCCGCGCUCCCUGCAGCCAUGGGCGCCUCGGCCUCCAGCCAGCUGGACGAGGGCAAGUGCGCCUACAUCCGAGGGAAAACUGAGGCUGCUAUCAAAAACUUCAGUCCCUACUACAGCCGCCAGUACUCGGUGGCUUUCUGCAAUCACGUGCGGAGUGAAGUGGAACAGCAAAGAGAUGUGACAUCACAGCUUCUGAAGACCAAGCCACCCUUGGACCCUGGCACUGUGUUAUAUGAAGCAGAACUAUCCCAGUUUGCUGAAGACAUAAAGAAAUGGAAGGAGAGAUAUGUGGUGGUUAAAAAUGAUUUUGCUGUGGAAAGCUAUGAGAACAAAGAGGCCUACCAGAGAGGAGCUGCUCCUAAAAGCCGCCUUCUUCCAGCGGGUGGCAAAGUGCUAACCUCAGAAGAGGAAUACAAUUUGUUAUCGGAUCGGCAUUUCCCAGACCCUCUUGCAUCCAUGGAGAAGGAGAACGCCCAGCCCUUUGUGGUCCUGCCGAAGGAAUUCCCCGUGUACCUGUGGCUGCCCUUCCUCAGACAUGGCUACUUCUGCUUCCACGAGGCCGCUGACCAGAAGAAGUUCAGCGCUCUCCUGAACGACUGCAUCCGACAUCUAAACCACGAUUACAUGAAGCAGACAACGUUUGAAGCCCAGGCCUUUUUAGAAGCUGUGCAGUUCUUCCGACAAGAGAAGGGUCACUAUGGCUCGUGGGAGACGAUGACUGGAGAUGAAACCCAGAUCCUGAGUCACCUGGUGAUGGAGGAGCUGCUGCCAACCCUCCAGACAGACCUUCUGCCUAAAAUGAAGGGGAAGAAGAAUGACAGGAAGAGGGCCUGGCUCGGCCUCCUGGAGGAGGCCUACAACCUGGUGCGGCAGCAGGUUUCCGAGGGCCUAAGCGCCUUGAAGGAGGAAUGCAGAGCGCUGAUGAAGAACCUGGAGGGCACCAUGCGUUCCGACAUGGAUCAGAUUGUGAACUCAAAGAACUUUCUAACUGGGAAGAUCAGAGCGAUGGUGGCCCAGCCAGCAGAGAAAAGCUGUGCGGAGAGCGUGCAGCCGUUCCUGGCAUCCAUUCUGGAGGAGCUCAUGGGGCCCGUGAGCUCGGGGUUCAGUGAAGUACGCUCCCUCUUUGAAAAGGAGGUGGAUGAACUGAGCCAGAACUUUCAGACCAGCAAAGACGGUGCCCAGCUGAAGGAGCAUCUGGACCGGCUUAUGAAUCUGCCACUGGAUUCUGUGAAGAUGGAGCCUUGUUACGUCCAAGUCAACCUGCUUCAGGAGCGCCUGCAGGACCUCAAGAGCCGCUUCAGAUUCCCCCACGUCGACCUGGUGGUGCAGCAGACACAGAACUACAUGCAGGAGCUCAUGGGGAAUGCGGUGUUCACCUUCGCACAGCUGCUGGCCCCACAUCUCGGGGCCGAGGCCCCCAAAACAGCAGUCGCCAUGGAGAAGGUUAAGCUCCGAGUCUUAAAGCAAUACGAUUAUGACAGCAGCACCACGCGGAAGAGGAUAUUUCAGGAGGCGCUGGUUCAGAUCACACUUCCCACCGUGCAGAAGGCCCUGGCGUCCACCUGCAAACCAGAACUUCAGAAAUACGAGCAGUUCAUCUUCGCGGAUCACACCAACAUGAUCCACGUGGAAAACGUGUACGAGGAGAUUUUACACCAGAUCCUCCUCGAUGAAACUCUGAAAGUGAUAAAGGAAGCUGCCGUCCUGAAGAAACACAACUUAUUUGAAGACAACGUGGCCUUGCCCAGUGAAAGCGUGUCCAGCUUGACAGAUCUGAAAACCCCCGCGGGGUCGAACCAGGCCAGCCCUGCCAGGAGAGCCUCCAGCAUGCUGCCAGGAGCUGCCGACAGCGAGACUGCCAGUAACGAAGUAUUUCAGGAACCAGGGGAAGCGAGGCAGCCUGGGGGCCCUAGUCCAUUGGCCCAAGAAGAAAGCCUUUCUUUGCCAGGUAGGGAUGGGCGGGUGAUCACGUCAAGCAUGGGUGACCCUGUUGAGAAUCUGGUGGCUGUAGAGGAUGUGGCAGGAGCCCUCAGCACACGCCCGCCAGAGCUGGAGUUUGGAGGGACCCCUGAGAACAGAAAACCUGUCCAGGAAAAGCCAGAAUCCACCUCUGCCUCGGGCUCCUUGAAGGAGCUCCGAGAUUUGUUGACGGUGACCAUCGAAGUGCCAAUGGAGUCUGCGGCCCCCGAAAUUAAGAGAGAUGCACCUCAGGAGACCCUUGUGCCCCAAGAAAUCGAAAAAGAAGAGGAAACAACCCCAGCUUAUCCAGAGGCCAAUCAGACAGCUGCCUCCAGCCAGGACACCUGUGAGGAUGCUGGAAUCAGAGAGAGAGAGGCCCAUUCUCCUGUUGCUGCGGAGGCCGAGGCUGGUGGGGCGGAGUUGGGGGUCUGUGCAGAGGCUCAGCCAGCUUGUGGAGGGCUCAGCCAGGGCGCCAGGGGCCCAGGCACCACAGAGGAGCACGCAGAGGCAGGGGAGCCCCGUGGGAGGGAGCCCCCGGGCAGGCCUUCCGGCCCUGAUGCCCAGGAAGGAGGUGUGGCCAUGCCGCAAGGAGAUUGCAUUGUAAGUUCCGAGCCCAGUGGCCCCGGGGAGAGCCAGGUCUCUGUGGAAGAGGAAGCGGCGGGAGGGGAGGACGGCGAGGCCCAGGCAGCUGCCACCACAGAUGCAGAGCAGAUCAAGGGUGCCCGUGUUCACGAGUGUCAGUGGGUAGUCGAGAAUGCUCCAAACACCGACCUCCCAGGUCCACAGAAAGAGGACGAGAGGGAAAGCCGCCCAGAGCAGCCCUCGGAGGAGUGAAAGGGACAAUUUGGCCAAAGUAUUUCUUUGAACAAACUAACCCUAAAUGGGUGAGCUAUGGAUAUAUUUAGGGUUUGCAUGUGUGUUGUUACCAAACAAAAAUUUAUGAAGUGCUCCCUUAAUUUGCAUUGAAAUCAGAGGGAACAUAAGGGAGGGUGUGAGCGCAGAGGCAAACCUUUGUGGAAUCAAACUGUUCUUCCACGAAUUAUUGCUUUAGCAUUUUAAUCAGAAUUACAAAGGUAACGCAGUGUCUGGGGUGAGAGGGAGCUGAGGGUGUCCAAGGGCGGGAGUGGGUGUCGCAUUGAAGACGGAGGAAGCAGUAGGAGCACAGUUUUCAAUACACUCUGCACACUUUCUUCUAAUGCACUUUAAGGCUUUUCAGUCCUUUGUGAGAAUGCCCGUCUACUACCCCCACUUCACCGUCUCUUAAGGACUCAGCCGUUGUCCACAGUCUGGCUGGCCUGGCUGCCCGAAAGCGAGCGUGGCCAUCAGCAGGGCCCUGCCGUGUGCAGACACCGCAGAGCCGGAGCGAGGGCAGGAGAAGCCAAGCAGAAACCAAGGCUGGCUGUGGUCUGCGAGACUGCCCGGGCCUGAUACUAAUUCUGCUUUCCACGUCUUGUCGAUUAAUCUUGUGGAUUCUUCUUCAUUAAUCACCUCUUGGGGAAAUUCAAACAAGGCGAAAAAAUUUCCCUUGCACAUUGGAGCGUUCCAAAUUAGCCUUAGACUGUGCAGAGAAUGAGCUUAGCUAAAUUAUUGGGUGUGAAGCCUACCAAUUAAACAAAUGUUAUUGAGACAGCUACUCUUUGCCUCACGCUAAGUUAAGCAUAGUACCAAAAAAAAAAAAAAAAAAACCAGAGAGAGAGAGAAAAGAAGAAGAAGCGAUAAGGUGCUUUUGUUCAGUAUAAAUUAAAAGGCCCAAGGGAAUUUAAGAAAAUGUCAGUUUUCAAAUGAUAAAUUUUCUGUGCUGCCAGGGAAAAACUUUCUGUCUUUCUACUGAAGCCAUCCUGGUUCAUUCCCAGAAGGAAAUAAAGUGAAUAAAUGAAUUCAGUGAAUUAAAAAAGAGAAAGAAAAGAGAGAGAGAGAAAAGCCAAGAUAUAUCCAAGCUCUGAAGAUGGUACCAAGGGUAAAGAUCACUUGUGCAGUCAGUUAGCAGGUUAAUGGAAUCCGUUACGUCCCAGGCACUGGAGGUCUGUGCUUUAAAAGAUCUGUUCCUUUCUCCCAGAACCUACACAUUAGCAGAAAUAGACACAAAUACAUCUUCCACAUUGAUUGUGACCUAUUCCUGUUAAUGUUACAGGUGGAAUGGACUUCCAAAAGAUUAAAUGAAGAACUAUUCUAUUGUCCUUCAGAAAAUAUUACUUUAUUGCCUGGCCGGUAUGGCUCGGUGGAUUGAAUGCCAGCCUGCAAACCAGAAGGCUGCAGGUUCAAUUCCCAGUCAGGUCACAUGCUCAGGUUGUGGGACAGAUCCCCAGUAGGGGGCAAGUGAGGGGCAACCGAUUGAUGUGUCUCACACAUCGAUGUCUCUCUCCCUUUCUUUCUCUUUUCCUUCUCCUCUCUCUAAAAAUAAAUAAAAUCUUAAAAAAGAGAAAAUAUCAGUUUAUUUCCUAAAAGCUUCAGAGCCAGCACUUCAUCUUCUUUCUUUCCACAAAUUUUAAUAAUAGAUCCCAAUAUCUUGCCCAAAGACCUGCAUUUGAUCAUCAUCAACAAGGAAGUUUGCAUCAGCUCUUUAGAGGAUUUAUCCCACAGUUCAACCAUUUAAGCAGGAAUUCAAAAUGGAUUUCUAGGUCUUCAAGGAUGAACUAUAAUCAGUAUCAGUAUAAUCUCCUGUUACAGCUUUCCUGCGAGUGCUCCCAUCCUCACACCUAGGAAGGCUCUCCCGACAGGUGGAGAAGGUGAAGGCCACUCCUCCUGGUCCUUGUGACACCAAUACCCACUCAUAUCUUUGCACUUAGCAUGAAAUACUGAAGUUCUCUGUGCUUCCUGUCUCUUCCAAGGGCUCUUCUCUUCCAGGGCAGGAAGGAGGGUUUAGCCAUUAGAUGUGCUUCCUGCGAGAAACACACAGCCUUGAAUAAUGGCUCUCUGCCUCCUGGGGUCACAUUAACAUCCCUAGUGCCCAGCAAGGAACUGGCCUGUGCCAGGCUGCUCAGGAAAUGUGAGAACCGAACACCCACCACUCUGCUGUGCCGCGGCUAUUUGGGGCUUGCUGUCAGCCAGGGAGAUGUUUUCCAGUUGGGCUUCCUGCCCUUGCGAAGUCGUCCCCUAAAUCAAGUCCAGAUGGCCACAUGGUCAGAUGCUGUGCCCAGCAAGGCAAGGCACCAGAGGAACAGUGCCCAGCCCUGCCCGGGGCUGUCCUUCCCUCCAGGAGAAUUGCGGCGAGGGAGGAGGUCACGGCUCAGGCAGCCGCCAGCCCGGAGCUCCCCAGCUUUCUUCCUUUUCACAUCAGGGCUUCUCGAACUCUCAGAAAGCAGAGUGAUUCUUUCCAACCCUAAAAGAGAGUGCGUGUCACUGCAUCGGAUGGAUGGACAUCAGUGUAGACCCGAGGGACAAGGCACGAAGCGGGAGGAUGCACUUGAGCAUGCAAAGCACUUUUUUGUACGUGUUUCACAGAAGACAAAUUCACUAGACUACACAGGGUGAUUGUCCCAUUCGCAGGUGGAACAGGAAACUAAAGUGCAUUAAAAAUAUUCCUUGUUCAUUUUAACGUUGCACAGAAUAACUUCGCAUCAGUGUGGGUUUGUUGCUUUUCGCAAGGACUUCACCUGGGCGUUGCAGUGGUUUCCAGGUCAGAGCAAGGUCACUGGGAUUCCGUGAGCAGCAUGGACGAGCCUCUGCCGGCUGCACCAGGGCUCUCUCCUGCGGGCAAGUCUGUUAGAAAGGCAUCAGACCACAAGACAUGCUGUUGGGCAAAAAUCCCAUGACUUUAAAUGGGCUAUGUUGUUGUUGACCUUCCACAAAUAAGGAAUACAUUUCUUUCCUUAAAGAAAUUAACUUGUCAUCUUCUCCUUUGCAGCUUAGACUAGUGCCUUGCAUUAUGGAGAGUAAAUUCUCUUUUCAAAAAAAAAAAAAAGUAUUUUGGUGACCACGAGGAUGAAAUUCCAGUUUGUCCAAAAGCUUUCUAAAGAGUCUGGGUGUGAAGACCUUGCAGGUCGGUGGGCCUGAUCUUCUCCAUUUGAUUAAGAAGGUCCUCAGGUCUGGUGUUGUAACCUCCAGGCUGGAGCCAGUGAUUUCAAAGGGCUUCCCAAUUCUCCCAGACAGGUGACUUUAUUUCUUUAUAGUAAGCUCUAAGUGAUACAUGCUACACGGCAAUUUGAACGUGGGGAAGGGGAGGGCGCCCCUGACUAAAAGAGAAACACGGUCCAUUUGAUAAAUGUGGGCUACAUACACCUUCUUUACCAUAAACAAACAGGUUUGGGGAAUUGCCUUCCGAGGUUUGCAACUUCAAGAAAACAACAACAACACUGCAGAUUGAUAUUUUUUUAGCCACUGUGUAAAGCAAAUAUCUUGAAAACACUUUGUAACCAUGCAUUUACUCUGUCGAGUGCCUAUAUUCCAAUAAAAUGUUCAUCCUCGAAGAGA